CUAGAAGUUUCAUUUCUUCCUUCAUUGGCUCUGUCAUCUAAAUUUUGUCCCAUGAACAUUGGUUGGAAUGUCGACUUUUGACGGUCUCAUUCGAGAAUUCCCUACAGUUGCCAUCGAUAAUUUCCGAUUCCGUCCUGGUGUCAAUGUUUAUUUACUCUCUCAUGUCCAUAGUGACCAUCUCACUGGACUGACAGCAAAAAAUUGGAAUGCACCCAUCUUUUGUUCUCCCAUUACAGCGAAAUGGCUUCCUAUGCUUGCCAGCCGCUCAAAACAGGAUGCAUUCGAGAAGGGGAAAGAUCGUAUCUUGCAGCGCAGAUAUUCACAUCUAAAGCCUUUUCUACGGCCACUGGCAACAGAUAUCUCACAUUAUCUAGACCUUGGCAAUGGUAGACAAGCACGUUUAAGCCUCAUUCCUGCUCAUCAUUGUCCAGGAGCCGUCAUGUUUCUUUUACAGGAUGAUCGCUCCUGUAUUCUCUACACAGGCGACGCAAGAAACGAGGCUACGGAUCUGCAAGGAUUGAGUACGAUGUCCAUCUUUUCCUCUUCAUCCCAACCUAUCGAUCGGUUGUAUUUGGAUACUACAUGCUGUCAUCCAGCCUUUGAAAAACUUCCGAGCAGAGAGCUUGCAAUAUCGGAUCUUAUUACGUUUAUUCAUCGCCGGCCUCGAAUGGCACAUUAUUACAUUGAUGCCUGGACAUUUGGCUAUGAAGACAUCUGGAUUGGACUUGCAAAGGCAUUUCACACAAAGAUCCAUGUUUCACCGUACUUGUAUGAACUGUACGAAGCCAUUGAUGAGAUGAUCUCCCCAAAGAUCUUGCCUCAUCUAACGACGGAUGGAACGAGUGCUCGCUUUCAUUCCUGUCGACUGGGCAAGACCUGUGGAUACGGGGGUGCAGGUGGAGAGCAUUCAUCUGCCAGAGAACUGAUUAGGAUUCAACCAAACAUCUCAUGGUUCUCGCCUUUGCUACGAAAGGAAAACAAUCAACAUCACCCUGGAGAAAAUAUACUGGCACAAGGAACAGUGGUUGGGCGGGCAAUUUCCUACAAGAUCAAAGAGAAGCUGCCACCCACCCUUGGUAAAAAAGAUGACUUGUGCUAUUAUUUCAACUAUGGUUUUCAUGCAUCCCUAUCCGAACUCCAACAACUCGUUAAACUUGUCUCACCCCGUUCCGUUUUUCCUUGUGUCCUGCAUCGCAACGCUGUUUUCCACACGUACUACCGAUCCAAUCGGGAAGUCCUUUCUCUACUUACUCAAAGUAUGCCCCACAACGAGCGCUCGUUUCUUUUGAACACAGAACCGUACGAGGAACAAUUUCGAUCUCGCCUCGUAGCGGAUCCUUGUCUCAAGGAUGGUAUUUCGACCGACUUUCAGAGCUUUUACCUUGCAAAAGGAUAUCAUGUCCUGGACAUGAAUAAUAAAGUUCUAGGAAUAACCUCAACUGAGCUUAAGGCUGGGAUUGAUCCAAAUGUUAGCACCUCUGUAGUGACCACAGCCUUAACAUCCAAAACUACUACAGGAGGACAAGAUUCAAGUUCUGUCCUGUCACCGCGGUCAAGCCAUUUGCGGAAGAAGAUGGAGAGACUGAAGAGGCAAUUGCGAAACACAGCAAGUCUUGAAGACGAAUAUGGAUUGAUCCCAAAUAAUGAAGAGCAAUCCUCUUUGGAAGACGGGCCUCUCUCAUUGGACUUGGGGACUAUUGAGCGAAAAAGAAAGUGGUGGCUUGACGCGAACCGAGGCCUGAGCACGACUCUUGAAGAACAAACCAGUGGAGAAGGGACGGAGCUAUAUGAUACCAGCUCAUCACAGAUAUUGAAACACCAGCCGAAACAACAGCAGCAAGGCGACAGUAUUAAUAAAAUCCAAGGACUAAUUGGUGCUCAAGAGAGGCAGGAAGAAUUAAAGGAUACCCGGCCGUGGCAUGAUCAAAGCACUCAAGAGAUAGCGCUGCUGGAUUUGGAUUUGCCAAAAGAUGGUAAUAAUCAUGGAGGACUAAAACAUAACAAUACCCAGGAAGGAUACGAGACCGAUCAAGGGUCAAUUGAGUCUACUGAUAGGAGUGGAUAUCUCAGUUCCAGUCCGGAUCCCAUCACAAGUUUUGAAUAUUAUACGACAAGUCUAGAUACUUUUUCUGGAUCUUCAGCUGCAGCAUCAUUACUCAGUCCUCCUUCAACUGAUAACUCAUUUGCAGUCCUAGAUUCUCAUGAUACAGCUGUUUUAAAUAAAGAUGGCGGCAACGAAAAUGGAAUUGACAAGGAUGAACAUCAUUAUAGCGAUGUACACGCAAAGGGGUGUGUUUCAAAGCCGAAAGCAAGUGCAAACAUAGCUAUCGCACAGACCACUUCUCAUUCCAGUGACAGCUCUCUGGUCUUAUCUCAAGAGUCUCCAUCACCAAAGCAGCAAAACUGUUUGGUCCAUUCAGUGCCAUCAAUACCUAGAACCCCGCCCGGGCUUACCACAAGUGACCCAAUAGUGGCUUUGGGAUCAAGUCCUUCAGAUAAACAGCCACUUCCUGCUCAUUUUAACCUGUCACCAUUGCCUCCGGCAUCAGCACCAGUCCGUGCGCUGCCCAUUACCUCAGGCUUCUCCACUGUUCUUUCCUCCGCCUCUUCUUGCAGCCGACCAUUGGAACCGAUUUGGAAUGCCUUCGCUCAAUUGGCUUGGUCUCCGCCAUUAAAAAAGGCUUCUCGUUAUCCUAAAGCCAAUCAAACAAGAUCGAGGACAGAUCCUCAACAUAAGUCUCGCUCUUCAUUAGCAUUAGAGCCACACUUCCUUCUGAAUCAGGCACCCAAAUACGCGGGAACGGUUGUCAUUGAUGACGGCCAAGAAUUGAUUUUAAUAGAAAGUAGUAGCGAAGACGAAGGCAACAAUAAGAACUACACCAGCAACAGUAACAGUAACAGUAACAGUAACAGUAACAGUAACAGUAACAGUAACAAAGACCGGUCUGUUGAGCUAUUGGAGCAAAGAGAAAAAAACUUGAAGAAACGAAAACUGUAAAAUUAAAACAAAGGUAUCUUCUAGAAGCUAUUGUAAAUGAAACUUGGAAAGAAGAGAAGGAUCAUGGAAACCAGGAUCUGGAGUGGCUCGAGGCCCAGUGCUUGGG